AUGAAUAAGAAAUAAAAUAUUCCGCUUAGGAACAUUUAGCCUGAUACAGUACCCUUUUCUGAUGGAGAUGGCUUGAAAUAUUGGAAAAGCUUCCGUCAUGCUAUCACCACAAUUAGAUUACUCUAAAACCCAAAAACGAGGCGGUUGAACUCUCCAGAUGAACUAGUCAUAAGUGGUUACAAACCUCAAGAUUCAUUAAAAUAGAGAUCAGAGAGCAGUCGUAACUUCAGUGAAGCGUUAAAAUAUAUUUAAAUGCAAUAAGCACUUUUCACAUCUAUUGAAAAAGGACAUUCUUCAAAUAUAAUCGAAGAAAUACUAAAUAAAGAUCCAAAAAAGUAUAUUCAUAUCAUUAAUGAAGUUAACAAAAAAAAUUAAAAAGGAUUAACACCUUUAUAUGUAGCAGCUAAAUUAGGACAUCUUGAUAUAUGUAGAAUACUGGUAGAGAAAGGAGCUAAUCCUCAAACAACUGUAUCUAUAAACGGAAUAGAAGAAACUCCCUUAGAAGUUGCAUAAAGAUGGAGACAUUUAAAUAUUGUUCACUUUUUAAAACAAUAACUUUGAUGUUUAUAUUGCUUAAUAAUAUUAACUUUCUUUAAAUUAAA